CCGCCGGAGCAGCCCCCGCCGCGGCCGGGCCGGCGGCGCCGCCGCCGCCAUGUCCGGCACGAGCAGCCCCGAGGCCGUGAAGAAGCUGCUGGAAAACAUGCAGGGCGACCUGCGCGGCCUGAGCCUGGAGUGCCGCAAGAAAUUCCCGCCCGUGAAGGAGGCUGCUGAAUCGGGAAUAAUAAAAGUGAAAACCAUAGCUGCACGAAAUACGGAUAUCUUGGCAGCUUUGAAAGAAAACAGCUCAGAGGUAGUUCAGCCUUUUCUGAUGGGUUGUGGAACGAAGGAACCAAAGAUCACUCAGCUGUGCCUGGCAGCAAUACAGAGGCUCAUGUCCCAUGAAGUUGUCUCGGAGGCUGCAGCAGGGAACAUUAUUAAUAUGCUUUGGCAACUGAUGGAGAACGGCCUUGAAGAACUUAAGUUGCUUCAGACAGUUCUUGUACUUCUAACAACCAAUACAGUUGUGCACGAUGAGGCACUGUCCAAGGCAAUUGUACUUUGUUUUCGAUUGCACUUCACAAAAGAUAAUAUCACCAAUAACACAGCAGCAGCCACAGUCCGGCAGGUAGUUACUGUUGUAUUUGAGAGAGUGGUUGCUGAAGAUGAACGAUACAAAGACACAGUGGAGCAGCCAGCUGCACUUCAAGGCAACAGCAACCGCAGAUCGGUCAGCACGCUCAAGCCCUGUGCUAAAGAUGCCUACAUGCUUUUUCAGGAUCUUUGCCAGUUGGUUAAUGCUGAUGCUCCCUACUGGCUCGUGGGUAUGACAGAAAUGACCCGGACGUUUGGACUUGAGCUUCUGGAGUCCGUCCUCAAUGACUUCCCACGAGUGUUUUUACAGCAUCAAGAAUUCAGUUUUCUCCUUAAAGAAAGAGUAUGCCCUCUUGUUAUAAAGCUCUUCUCUCCAAAUAUCAAAUUCAGACAAGGUUCCAGCACAUCAUCUUCCCCAGCACCAGUGGAGAAACCUUACUUCCCUAUCUGUAUGCGUUUGCUGAGAGUAGUUUCUGUUUUGAUUAAGCAAUUUUACAGUUUGCUGGUAACGGAAUGUGAAAUCUUCCUGUCUUUACUGGUUAAGUUUCUGGAUGCUGACAAACCACAGUGGCUAAGAGCUGUUGCAGUAGAAUCUAUUCACAGGCUUUGUGUGCAGCCUCAGCUAUUAAGAUCCUUUUGUCAAUCCUAUGAUAUGAAGCAGCAUUCCACUAAAGUUUUCCGAGAUAUUGUGAAUGCACUGGGGUCUUUCAUACAGUCACUGUUUCUUGUAACAAGCACAGGGAAUACAUCAGCAGCACCAAACCAAGCAGGAAGCAACGUGUCGGGCAGUGCAGGCUCCGCACAAGCUGCCCCGGGAGGGCUCGGAAUGGGAGGGGGUGCCACUGUGUUACCUGCCUUUGAGUACAGAGGUACCUGGAUACCCAUCCUGAACGUCACAGUGCAGGGAAGUGCUAAAGCUACCUAUCUGGAAAUGCUGGACAAAGUAGAGCCACCUACAAUUCCUGAAGGCUAUGCCAUGUCAGUGGCAUUUCACUGUUUGCUGGAUCUCGUCCGUGGUAUCACGACAAUGAUUGAAGGAGAGUUGGGAGAGGCUGAAACGGUCACUCAGCUCACAGCAGAGGCACCCUCAUCACCAGCACACUCCUCAGAGCAGCAGGAUUUGCAGUCCGCAUCUGACCAGUCGGAGAAAGACAUAGUUAGCAGAGCUGUCUGGGAAGAAAUGGUGAAUGCGUGUUGGUGUGGUCUUCUUGCUGCAUUAUCCCUCCUGCUUGAUGCAAGCACUGAUGAAGCUGCCACUGAAAAUAUUUUAAAAGCAGAGUUGACCAUGGCUGCACUUUGUGGACGUUUAGGGCUCGUCACGUCGAGAGAUGCCUUUAUCACCGCCAUUUGCAAAGGGUCCUUGCCUCCUCACUAUGCCCUUACUGUAUUAAACAGCACAACUGCGGCACUCUCCAGCAAAUCAUAUUCUAUUCAGGGACAGAAUGUGCAAAUGAUCAGUCCCUCAAGCGAGUCCCAUCAGCAAGUGGUAGCAGUAGGCCAGCCCUUAGCUCUUCAGCCCCAGGGAACAGUGAUGCUGACUUCAAAAAAUAUCCAGUGCAUGAGGACGUUACUCAACUUGGCCCACUGCCAUGGAGCUGUUCUUGGUACAUCGUGGCAGCUUGUCCUGGCUACUCUUCAGCAUCUUGUGUGGAUUCUGGGAUUGAAGCCAGGUGUUGGGGGUGCCUUAAAGCCUGGAAGAGCUGUAGAAGGGCCCAGUACAGUUCUGACUACAGCAGUUAUGACUGAUCUGCCAGUUAUAUCCAACAUACUUUCAAGGCUGUUUGAAAGCUCACAGUAUCUUGAUGAUGUGUCCUUACAUCACUUAAUAAAUGCCCUUUGCUCCUUGUCCCUGGAAGCCAUGGAUAUGGCCUAUGGAAACAAUAAGGAGCCGUCGCUUUUUGCUGUUGCUAAAUUACUGGAGACGGGACUCGUUAACAUGCACAGGAUUGAGAUUCUGUGGAGACCUCUGACCGGCCACCUUCUGGAGAAGGUCUGUCAGCAUCCAAACUCCAGAAUGAGAGAAUGGGGAGCAGAAGCUUUAACUUCUCUCAUUAAAGCAGGACUGACAUUCAGCCACGAUCCACCUUUAUCACAAAAUCAGAGGCUGCAGCUACUUUUAUUAAAUCCCCUGAAGGAGCUGUCAAACAUUAGUCACCCAGAUAUCAGGAUUAAGCAGCUGGAGUGCGUGCUACAGAUCUUGCAAAGUCAGGGUGACAGCCUGGGACCCGGUUGGCCGCUGGUGCUUGGAGUCAUGGGGGCAAUCCGAAGUGAUCAGGGAGAGUCCUUAAUACGGACUGCAUUCCAGUGUCUUCAGUUGGUUGUGACAGACUUUCUUCCAACAAUGCCAUGUACUUGUCUACAGAUAGUUGUUGAAGUUGCAGGAAGCUUUGGACUUCACAAUCAAGAGCUAAAUAUUAGCUUAACUUCAAUUGGUUUGUUGUGGAAUAUUUCGGAUUAUUUUUUCCAAAGAGGUGAAAUAAUUGAAAAGGAGCUAAACAAAGAGGAGGCAGUUUUGCAGAAGCAGGCGGAAGAAAAGGGGGUGCUGCUGAACAGACCGUUCCACCCCGCGCCGCCCUUCGACUGCCUGUGGCUGUGUCUCUAUGCCAAGCUCGGGGAGCUCUGCGUGGACCCGCGCCCCGCCGUCAGGAAGAGCGCCGGGCAGACCUUGUUUUCCACCAUUGCGGCACACGGCACUUUGCUGCAGCACUCCACGUGGCACACGGUCAUAUGGAAGGUUUUAUUUCACCUGUUGGAUAGGGUUCGAGAAUCUUCUACCACAGCUGACAAAGAGAAGAUUGAAUCAGGAGGAGGCAACAUCCUCAUCCAUCAUUCCAGGGAUACAGCUGAGAAACAGUGGGCUGAGACAUGGGUAUUAACCCUUGCUGGAGUUGCAAGAAUAUUUAACACCAGGAGAUACUUACUGCAGCCUUUAGGAGACUUUUCCCAAGCCUGGGAUGUUCUUCUUGAUCAUAUCCAAUCAGCAGCACUCAGCAAAAAUAACGAGGUCUCCUUGGCUGCUCUGAAAAGCUUCCAGGAAAUCUUGCAGAUUGUUUCUCCCGCCCGGGAGUCGGAGAAGCCGGACACGCCGCCCGUGAUCAACGUUUCUGUGCCUGUGGUUGUGGGGACAACAACUGCCACUAGUCUUGGCAGAUCCUUUAUGAGAACUGACUCCAUAGGAGAAAGAAUAGGAAAAUAUAAUGGAUCUGAGCCACCUAUAAUCACAGAUGAAAUUGAAGAUUUGAAUCUUUGGUGGGCAGCCUGGAACAGCUGGUAUAGGAUUGGCUCAGAAAGUACAAAGCCACCAAUUACUUGUGAUAAAUUGACUUUCAUUCCCAGUCAGCCUUUUCUCACAGCUUUAAUUCAGAUCUUCCCAGCCCUUUACCAACACAUCAAAACUGGUUUCAGCAUGGAUGAUCUCCAGAAACUGGGCCUCAUUUUGCAUGGUGCUGUUUCAGUUCCCAUCAGCUCUGAUGCUUCUCCUUUCAUCCUUCCAUCCUACACCGAAGCCGUGCUGACGAGUUUACAGGAAGCAGUGCUGACAGCCUUAGAUGUUUUACAAAAGGCCAUAUGCGUGGGCUCAGAAAAUAUGCAGAUCAUGUAUCCUGCAAUCUUUGAUCAGCUUCUGGCAUUCGUAGAGUUUUCCUGUAAGCCCCCACAGUAUGGACAGCUGGAAACCAAACACAUCGCAAAUGCAAAGUAUAAUCAGAUACAACUAUUUGCACCGGCGGAAUGGGUUGCAUUGAAUUAUGUACCAUUUGCAGAGAGAUCAUUGGAAGUUGUUGUUGACUUGUAUCAAAAGACUGCCUGCCAUAAAGCUGUGGUAAAUGAGAAAGUUCUUCAGAACAUAAUCAAGACAUUGAGAAUACCUCUUAGUCUGAAAUAUUCUUGUCCCUCUGAAAGCACGUGGAAACUGGCAGUGUCUUCUCUUCUCAAAGUUCUCUCUAUUGGACUACCAGUUGCAAGACAGCACGCAUCUUCAGGAAAAUUUGACAGUAUGUGGCCAGAACUUGCCAAUACCUUUGAAGAUUUUUUAUUCACUAAAAGUACACCUCCUGAUAAUCUCUCAAUUCAAGAAUUUCAGAAGAAUGAGAGUAUUGAUGUUGAGGUGGUGCAGCUUAUCAGCACAGAGAUCCUGCCGUACGCUAAUUUUAUUCCUAAGGAAUUUGUUGGUCAAAUAAUGACUAUGCUCAAUAAAGGCUCAAUACAUUCUCAGUCAUCCUCGUUUACAGAGGCCGAAAUAGAUAUUCGGAUGCGAGAGGAGUUUUCUAAAGUGUGUUUUGAGACGCUGCUCCAGUUCUCCUUCAGUAACAAGGUCACGACCCCUCAGGAAGGCUACAUCUCCAGGAUGGCCCUCUCUGUGCUCCUGAAGCGCUCCCAGGACGUGCUGCACCGCUACAUCGAGGAUGAGAGGCUCAGUGGCAAAUGUCCUCUGCCACGGCAACAAGUAACAGAAAUCAUAUUUGUUUUGAAAGCUGUGAGUACUCUCAUAGACUCACUUAAGAAAACUCAGCCUGAGAAUGUUGAUGCCAACACAUGGGCACAAGUGAUUGCCUUGUACCCAACGUUAGUGGAGUGCAUCACCUGCUCGUCGUCGGAGGUGUGCUCUGCGCUGAAAGAGGCACUGGUUCCCUUCAAGGACUUCAUGCAUCCACCAGCAGCCAAGGUACAGAAUGGAGAGUCUUGACCCCCUAAAACUUUUUCUAAAAUUUUUGAAAGGAAAAAUAGUAUCCAAAAAUGUUUGUUCCCAGGUGAUCUUUCUCUGAGGAAAUCUCUUGUGGCUAGUAUUUGGCAACCAAUGUUGACUGCCUUUUAACUGCACUAACAAGAGCUCAGUAAUUCAUGAAUACAAACUCUAUCUCAAAGGUUCCAGAGUGAGUAGCAGUGCAAACCUUUAAUAAAUUUAACUGAAUAGUGGAAUCAUUUAUAAUCUAAUGUACUUGCUACAGUAUCUUGAAGUGGUGAUUGAAAAGUGGGCUUAUGUACAGCUUGUUGUGUAUGUGUUAAUGAUGUUAAUGAUGUAAUUAAAAAUAUUUCAAUUCAGUCAGAUUUAUUCGGCUGGUGUUUUGCACCCUUUUUUGAAGUACAAAUUGUACUAAAAUUUUAUGCAAGAUGGUACUGUAACAUUCCAUAUUAUCUGUAACCAGCCUUUGUAAACAAAGGGAACUGAUAUACUUGUGUGUAUAAUAAAUGGUACAGUUCUGUAUAAAAUAGUUGCAUUUAUUAUUUAAAUUCUUUUUAAAAUACCAAUAAUGUUACAUGCUUGAAAAUGUAUUUAUUAUAAGUUGUAUGCUUGCAUUUUUACUUACAGUUUGCCUUCUAAUUGCCAGAUAUGCUUAUUCUUAUCUGAUCGUGUUGUUAGUUUUUGCUAAAUUGAAUGUAUCCUCUCUGUGGCCAUUGGACACUUAAAGAAAGGUCCUGUGACAGAAGGUGGCAGCAGACAGAGAUCAACUGAUCUCAAACUUCCCAAGAGCUGACCUGAAAUAAGGUUGGAUAUGCCCAAGUCCACUGUAGCACUUCAACACUACCAUACCUCACUCCAUAAAAAUACGUGUUCAGAGAUGUUUGUUUUAUUCAGCUCU